AUGAGUGUACUUUUGGAGACAUCGCUAGGGGACAUUGUUGUUGAUUUGUUAGUAGACUCAGCGCCCAAAGCAUGUGAAAAUUUCUUGAAAUUGUGCAAGAUCAAAUACUUCAAUUUCUCCCCGAUACACAGCGUACAAAAGUCAUUUUCAUUUCAGGCCGGUGAUCCGCUCGGCCCGGACUCACCAGAAAGCGAUGGCGGUUCGUCUAUAUGGGGGAUUUUGAAAGGGCCGUCGCAAAAGCUAUUUCCUGUUGAGCCUAUUCCAAAGCUCAAACAUUCCUUGCGUGGCACUGUGAGCAUGGUCACAGUGCCAUCGCCGAAAGAUCCCGAUACACGUUUGGCUGGAAGUCAAUUUAUCAUAACCCUCGGUGAUAACCUCGACUAUCUCGACGGCAAAGCUGCAAUAUUUGGGAACGUGGUCGAAGGCUUUGAUGUAUUAGAAAAGGUCAAUGAUGCUUUCAUUGAUGAUAAGGGCCGGCCGCUCAAGGAUAUUCGAAUUAAACACACUGCAAUAUUAGACGAUCCCUUCAGUGAUCCCCCAGAGCUCAUUGUACCUCCAGAAAGCCCGGUUCCCUCCAAAGCACAGUUGGCCACAGUGAUGAUAGCCGAUGACGAAGAGUUAGACGAUAAUGCGGAUGAAGAAUCGCUUGAGAAGCUACGGCGAGAGCGUGAAGCGAGAGCCCAAGCCUUAACUUUGGAGAUGGUAGGAGAUUUACCCUUUGCUGAGGUAAAGCCACCGGAGAAUGUACUUUUCGUGUGCAAACUGAAUCCAGUCACCCACGAUGAGGAUUUAAACUUGAUAUUCAGCCGAUUCGGGCCAAUCUUGUCGUGUGAAGUUAUUCGUGACAAGCGAACCGGAGACAGUUUACAGUUUCGAAACUUUCGGAUAGUUGGCGAUCGGCUACGAAUGCUAAAAGGGCAAACCAAAGAGGAGGGUUCGGCGGUAUUUCGAGUCUGGAGAAAAAGCGGCAUUACAGAGCAGCUGCAGAUAUCCCCAGGAAACGAGACCGAUACGGAAUGGUAUUUGAAAAAGAAGAUAUCCCCUCAGGAAACGCUAGCCGAGAUUCUCACAAAGGUUCCCAACGAUAUCGGUCCCGAAGUAGAAGCCCAGAUCGGAGGUAUCGCCGUGCAUCUCCGCGGCGACAUGAUGACAGACAAUAUGGACGUAGCACUCAUAACUCGCAGCGCAAUAAUGACCAUGAACGACAUCGUAGAUAAUAACAAUCACUUAAAUAGUUAA